AUUUAGUGUUGUAUUUUCCAAAUAAAAUUUUCGCAAAGACUUCGCCGAUUCGAUUCUUCACCAAAUACAAAUAAAAAUAAUUAAUUACAUAAAAUAAUCACAAACUUUACCCUUAAAAAUGGUCAUCCCCAAAGAAACCCUAACCGACUUCAAAGAAAUCUACGAAAAGGCCGUAAAACUUGUAAACGAAGAAUCCAAGAACGACCCACCCACCGAACCUUUUCGGUCACAUUACACCGCCCGUGACCUGCUCAUUGGCCUGAAAGAAAACCUAGAAAAAUCCAUUGCCGACGAAGAAGCAAAUUUGGAAAAUCAAUUCACCUACAAGGUCAUCCUAGCCUUCGUUUAUCGUGAUCUCGGACGAAUCUAUGUUUUUACCGAGGAGGCUCCAGUUGGCGAGAAGUAUUUGCGAACAUGCCUGCAAGGUAUUGAGGAACAUCGCAUGAAGCCCGAGGCAAUAAUCUCAUAUGUUGGAGCCUUGAACGAACUGGGAAUCGUCCACUCGAAUCGGCAGGAGUCUAAACAAGCAUACGACGUGUUGAAGAAAUCCGAGGAUGCUUACCAUGAGUUUAAGGCUUCCGAACAAAAAGCCAUGACAAUCAUUGACAUCUUCGGCACAAAAGAGGAAGUCGAAGAAGGCAAGGGUGUUGCUGAGCUCGAGAGUUUGUACACCCUGUGCACUUUUUAUAUGGCACAAGUCUUCUCGCAUCUCGGAGAACUGGAGAAGUCAGCAGAAUACUGCCACCAGACUCUGCGGCGGCAACUCUCCGCCAAGACCUACGAGCAUAUCGAUUUUGCCUUAAAUGCAGCCACCCUGUCUCAAUACUACUUGGGCGUGAGCAUGUUCCGAGAGGCCAGACAUCAUCUGGCCGCAGCAACAAUGAUUAUGUCCCAACAUGAGGCCAAGUUGGCCGCCGACGAGAUGAAUGAAGAACAGAAGGCGGCGGCAAUGGAGAAUUUCCAGCACAGGUACGCCGACAUUGCACGUUGCUGGGCCAAAUAUGGUCUGGCCCUGUUAUUGGCUUCCAAAGAACGUCUGUACAGCGACGAUGAGGGAAAGUUAGCUUCUGAUGUGAAAAAGCUUCAAAUGAGUCCCAACAUGUAUAAAUUCCCAGAUCUUGAGCUGGGUGCCUUCGAGAACUGCGUCUCCGCAGACUAUUGUCUGACCUUUGAAGAUGCCAAAGUGAUCUACCAUUUCGUUAUCAAGUGGCUUGACUUAGCCAAAGAAUACUACACCGCUGAUAAGGAAGCCACUGAGUACGCCAAGAUAAUCACAGACUACGCCGAGCUAUACCAACAUAUGGCGUUUUUCGAAGAGGAUCCAACAAACCAGUCCCGCAUGCACAAGCGUCGAGCAACCUACUUUGAAGAUUUGCUCAACCUUCUCAAUCCAACAUUCUAUUUAUCGAUUUGCCGAGAAUGCUGGUAUGGAGCCGGCCUGGCCUACUCCGCAAUGUUAGAUAUAAAGUUGGACCUGAUCAAGGCUCACAGCACUCCAUCGCCUCAAGAGAUUCACAAAAUCAAUCAAAUCUGUUUGAAAGCAAUAAAACACUUCGAAUCAUUCGAACGGUCACACAUGAAUAAGGAAAAAACAGAACUUAUGCCAAAUCUCACACCGGAUGAGGCUCUGGGGGUGAUAUAUGCCUACUUCUACAUCGGACGCUUGUACUACAAAAUUAUCAAUCCGGAUCGAGCUCAAAUGUUGGCCAACAUAAGAAAUAGUUUGAAAUAUUAUAAAAUGUUCAUCGCUGAAUGUGAAGAGCGGGAAGAAGCGGCUAAGGCUUUGAAAGCUGAGAUCGGUGUUUGCAAGGAAAUGGUCAGUUUGUUGCCUUUGAAGAUAAACAGUUUGUGCAAAGAACUCAAUGUUCCAGUUUAAGAUGUUUUUUUUUUAAUCUUUAGUUUGUCGACAAACAAAAAUUUAAAAAAAUGAAGAAAUGAAAAUUAAGUUAUUUUGUUUAGGAACGUUUGUGUUUGAAUGUUUUGACCGAAUAUUGCAUUUGAAUUCUUAAAAAUACAUUUUACCAAUUCCUUAUUUAUUAAUUAUUUUAAAAUAAAACAACAAAAAAUAAACUAGAUUAUUUUAACAGUUA